GUUUUGCCAUAAAAAAGACAUCAUGUCUUGUAGGUAACCAUGUCGAUGUCAAAAUCGUCAUACACGCAGUACAAUCGAAGAAACUGGGAGGAUGCAGAUUUUCCGAUUCUUUGUCAAACAUGCUUAGGAAGUAAUCCAUACUUGAGAAUGAUGAAGGACAAGUUUGGCAAAGAAUGCAAAAUUUGCGAACGUCCAUUCACAAAUUUUCGUUGGCAGCCAGGAAAAGGAGCCCGUUACAAGAGCACUGAAUUAUGUCAAACUUGUGCUAAAGUGAAGAACGUCUGUCAAACAUGCAUGUUUGAUUUGGAAUAUGGUUUGCCUGUACAAGUACGUGAUGCUGCGUUACAAAUUGCUGAUAACAUACCAAAGCAAGGAGCGAAUAGAGAUUUUUACCUACAGAAUGUAGAGAGAGCACUCGCCAAUACAGACGGCACGACACCAGUUGGUGCAUUGGCAAAUGUUCCCGACUCAUCUGGAGCGGAGAUGCUAAAACGCUUGGCCCGAACUGCUCCAUACUACAAGAGGAACGCACCACAUAUUUGCUCAUUCUAUGUGAAGGGUGAAUGUAAAAGAGGCGAAGAAUGCCCUUAUCGUCACGAGAAGCCAUCAGAUCCAGAUGAUCCGCUUUCUACACAGAAUAUUAGAGAUAGAUACUAUGGUAGUAAUGACCCAGUUGCUGAGAAGAUUAUGAAUAGAGCAAAGGCACUACCAGCGCUGGAACCGCCUGCAGAUACGACCAUUACAACACUGUAUGUGGGCAAUCUUGGGCCAGCUGGACAGAUCACACAGAAGGAUUUGAACGACUAUUUUUACCAGUUUGGGGAUAUCCGAAGUUUACGAUUAUUGGAUGCAAAGUCUUGCGCAUUCAUUCAGUUCACUACGAGGGAAGCUUGCGAAAUGGCUGCAGAAAGGUCUUUCAACAAGCUGUUUUUGAAGGGUCGACGUCUCGUGAUUCGUUGGGGUCAACCACAGGCACAAAGAUCAGUUGAAGAACGUCCUAUUAAUCCAGUUCCAUCACUUCCAAAUCCCUGCCCUGUACCAGACGAUUUGGCGCCAUCUUCGAAACGGCCGCGUGUUGAGACUCUGAAUAUACCACUCCCACCUGUACCACCCUCUUUCCCCGCACCAGCCAAACUUGUCGUGCCACCAUUGCGACCUCCUCCGACAAGUACAUCCUUGUCAACAGCAAGUGGGAAUGGUGAUGAAGCAAGUUCAUCUAAAGCCAGCAGUAGCAUUUACUAUCCGAGUCAGGAUCCUCAAAGGCUUGGCGCUAAGGGGGACGUUAUUGAUGAUUAG